CAUUUUCAAAGACCCAAUUAUGAUUAUGAAGUCGGGCAGUGUUCUAUGGGGCACAAAAGAUUUGUGAUAAAGAGCGAAUUACUAUGUUUUGGUUCGUGAAAUGCCUCGUCGACCGUGGAUAAUUAGAAAAUUAUUUAGGAUGCCUUUAACUGAAACAGCUGGUGAUCAAUACUCAGUUUGGGUCGGAUUGAUAUACAUAUUCAAUCUUAUUGUUGGUACUGGUGCGCUCACACUGCCGGCUGCGUUUGCCCGAGCAGGAUGGGGUCUGAGCACAAUAGCACUGUUAUUCCUGGCUUUCAUGAGCUUCAUGACUGCCACAUAUGUCAUAGAAACCAUGGCUUGUGCUAACGCUGUUAUCAAGUGGAAAAGAUUGCAGUUUAUCAAAAGGAAUAGUAUACAAGAAAAUGAAUCUGACGAGGAACCAUCAACUUCCCAACCUGGGUACGGAGACUUGGAAGAUCCUCUGGUGUGCGGGGAGACAAUACCGUCUCGAUACUACAGUCUGGACAAGCGUAUAGAGCUCGGAGAAAUGGCCAACCUUUUUCUUAACAAGACGGGCAGAACUAUAUUUUACUGUACACUCUGCAUAUAUCUGUAUGGGGAUCUGUCCAUAUAUUCUGCAGCUGUGGCUAAAUCACUUAUGGAUGUUGUGUGCUCAUCAGUCCCAUCGAAUCUUACGAAUAGCACUGACUGGGAUGUGCUACCAUGUUUCACAUCCUCGGAAGGCAUCACACGUUUCGAGUGUUACCGCAUCGCACUGCUGACUUUCUUCGGUGCGAUGGGCCCAUUUGUGUUCUUCAAUGUGCAGAAAACUAAAUAUCUACAGUUGUUCACUUCAGGCAUGCGCUGGCUUGCAUUCGCCAUAAUGAUAUCAAUCGCCAUAGUUCUACUGGCUAAAAAUGGACCUCAGGGUAAGCCACCAGCGUUCGACUACACCGGCAUACCAACAUUAUUCGGGGCCUGUGUCUACUCCUUCAUGUGCCACCACUCCCUGCCUGCGCUGAUCAGCCCCAUCAGAGGAAAGAGUCACCUCGGCAUCCAUCUCUCUCUAGACUACCUCCUCAUAAGCAUCUUCUAUCUCCUUCUGGCGUUCUCGGGUGCGUUUGCCUUCGCGCACCUUAACGAUCUCUACACUCUGAAUUUCAUCCCAACGGACAAUGAGAAUGUGUUUUUAGAAGUUAUAGAGUAUUUCUUAGCGCUCUUCCCCGUUUUUACUUUGUCUACUAGUUUUCCAAUUAUAGCUAUAACGCUAAGAAAUAAUUUACAGGGUCUCUUCCUAGAUACGAGUCGUUUGGAGACGUAUAAUUUUGUACUCAGAAAACUACUGUUUCCGAUAGUGGCUGUGGUGCCUCCUAUUCUCUUGACUUACUUUCUGGAGGAUAUUAGCGUUCUGAUCAAAUUCACCGGGUCUUACGCUGGGACGGGUAUACAGUAUAUAAUACCGACCUUUCUAGUUCUGGCAGCGAGGCGUCAUUGUACUAAUUUACUGGGGUUGGGUGUUGUUAAUAAGUACAAGAGCCCGUUUUCGAACAUCGCUUGGGCAGGGUUCGUAUUGAUUUGGGCGUUUGUCUGUAUCAUUCUAGUAUCAGUGAAUAUGCUAGAAAGAUGACAUUGAAGCACGCACACGAUGAAAAGAGGAAAAGAGAGAGAUAAAAUAGACAUCUUAGGGCCAGUUUCUAAGGUUUUCUGAGAGGAGUUUUUAGUAUAAGUACCAAAUAUUCAUAUAUAGUUAUUUUACAGACAUUCACUAACAGUUCUGAUUGGCUUUAAGCUCUGGUUUCCUCCAAAAGCGGCGCUGUCAUACAGCGGCCGCAAUACAGCGGUGAAUGACGGCACUAAAAGUUGUUCAUGUAAGCAAUAUGGGGCGGUUUCCUAGAGAACGGUAAUUGACACCGUUCUCUAGGAAACCGCGCCAUACCGCCCACAUAGACAACGUUCUAGUGACGUCAUUCACCGCUGCAUCACGGCCGCAACACGACGGCACCGCCCUUGGAGGAAACCAGCUGGGUGCAGAGUGUGAAUUUUUUGUUUGACAUUCGAUCGUGAACGCGUUUGGCGUUUACUAAGAUUUUGUAUGGAAUUACUCACUGGGCUGGGCUCACUCCCGUGAGCAUCACUAGGUGGCGCUGUACAAAUUCCAUACAAAAUCUUAGUAAACGCCAAACGCGUUCACGAUCGAAUGUCAAA